AUGCGCGUCCUCGUUCCUUUGACUGCCCUGGUGGCGACGGUCGUAGCCUUGGGUAGCCCCCACCGCAAGGCUGCGAAGAAGCCGACCCCUGCCAGCCACAUUCACAAGCGGGAUACACAUUCAAUCCAUGAGGAUGAUUAUCAAUACUUGAACAAGAAGACACAGCAAUUCCUCGUCAACGGAAAGCACUUCCCCCAGGUGCCUUUUGACAUUGGCGAGAGCUACUCCGGUCUGCUGUCCAACACCCCGCAUGGUAACUCGAGCCUUUUCUUUUGGUUCUUCCCAUCUACCAACCCGGAUGCGAAGAAAGAGAUUACCAUUUGGCUAAACGGAGGCCCUGGUUGCAGCUCCCUCGAUGGCUUGUUGCAGGAGAACGGCCCGUUCCUGUGGCAAUCCGGUCAAUAUGAGCCCGUCCGCAACCCUUUUUCCUGGACCAACCUGACCAACAUUGUCUACAUUGAUCAGCCUGCUGGAACUGGGUUCUCGCCUGGCCCGGCCACUGUCAAGAACGAAAUAGAUGUCUCCAACCAGUUCAAUGACUUCUGGAAGCGCUUCAUUCAGACCUUUAGCAUGCAGGGCUACAAGGUCUACCUCACUGGAGAGAGUUAUGCUGGACAGUAUAUCCCUUAUCUGGCGGCCGGCAUGCUGGACCAGAAUGACACAACCCAUUUCAACCUGAAGGGUAUCCAAAUCAAUGAUCCUUCUAUCAACGAAGACGGUGUUAUGAUCUAUGCUCCCGCCGUGGCAGCUCUGAACCACUUCUCAUCAGUCUUCAACCUGAACGACACCUUCAUGUCCGACAUCAAUGAUAAGGCUGAGAAAUGCGGCUACAACAAGUUCCUCGAUACAGCCCUCACUUAUCCCCCACCUAAGGAAUUCCCCAUCACGCCCGACUACACCAAGGAAGGUUGUGAUGUCUGGGACCAGAUUCUGGUGGCUGCCACCUACAUCAACCCAUGCUUCAACAUGUACCACCUGACUGACUUCUGUCCUUUCCUGUGGGACGAGAUGGGCUUCCCUUCUCUGGCCGGUGGCCCGAACAACUACUUCAACCAGACUGCCGUCCAAAAGGCCCUGCACGUCCCACCUACCAACUAUGCGGUGUGCGGAGGCGAUAUUUUCGGACCUUCCGGCGACGACGGGUCAGUUCCCAGCUCCCUCGGUCCGCUCCCCAGCGUUAUCGAGCGCACGAACAAUGUCCUUCUCGGCCAUGGCUGGUACGACUACCUGCUCUUCCUCAACGGAUCGCUCGUCAGUAUCCAGAACAUGACCUGGAACGGCGCCCAGGGAUUCCAGAAGCCGCCCACUGAGCCCCUCAUCGUGCCUUACACCAGUGCUCUCGACACCAUCGCCAACCAGCACGGUUCCGCUCCUUGGAACAACGAUGCCGGCGGUGGUAUUCUGGGUACUGCUCAUACUGAGCGUGGAUUGACUUUCAGCUCCGUCUACGGCUCUGGUCAUGAAAUCCCUCAAUACGUUCCUGGUGCGGCAUAUCGCCAGCUCGAGUUCUUGCUCGGUCGUAUUAAGAGUCUUCAGGACAAGGGCCCUUACACUACUCAGUGA